CGUGUGCCCUCGUAAGGGAGCAGACACUGCACUGAGCUACCGUGAAGCCGGCCUCGGCGUUGGUUAGAGUGUGUGUUGCAGGGUGAUUCAGGAUGGUGGACCAGCCUCUGUGGGAGCAGAUAGGAUCCAGCUUCGUGCAGCACUACUACCAGAUGUUUGACUCUGACAGAGCGCAACUCGGAUCCAUAUAUAUUGAUUUGUCAUGUCUCACAUGGGAAGGAGAGCAGUUCCAAGGGAAAAGAGCAAUUGUCGAGAAACUCACUAGUCUACCCUUCACAAAAAUAGGGCAUAGUAUAACAGCGCAGGACCACCAGCCAACUCCAGACUGCUGCAUCUUGAGUAUGGUUAUAGGACAGCUAAAAGCAGAUGACGACCCCAUCAUGGGUUUCCAUCAGAGUUUCAUCCUGAAGAACAUUAAUGAUGCAUGGGUGUGCACCAAUGACAUGUUCAGGCUGGCCAUUCACAACUUUGGCUAACCCCUAACUCCCCACUUUGGUGGACAGGGGCAGCCAUAGUGAAGGGCACCGUGUGAUGAAGUAUGGAGGGAGGGAAAGGAGGAGAUGAGGACGGAGAGAAGAGAGAACACUCAUUCCUCCCUCCUGCUGUCUCAUUUACGCCUGCUUGACAAAAACAAGCAAACACCGGAUUCUAGAUGUCAAUCACUGAACCUCAUCCAGGUGGGUUCUCAGACCACCCCAGCCAGUAGAACUGCGACGCGUUUCUUUGCUGAGAGCCCCGCCGACCAAUCAAACGCCCCUGUCUGCCCCUUCCUUGAUCUGCAUGACGCUGGGAGUCCCCCCCAUUACAGUAUCUACACUCAAGCCACCUGAAAAGACAAACAGCUGACUGACGCCAUUAACUCGUGCUCCGCUCCGCUCUCCACCCUUUCCUUACUUAAUUCGAACCCAUUCUACUCUGCUGUUGACUGCACUGCUGUCAACUGAGUUCUGUUAGCACUGUCGUUGACUGGUUUGUAGAUCCAUGUUCAGGUUCAGAGUCGGCCUUAUCGACACCGACUUCUUGUGUUUUACGUUGUUUUUAGAUGCCACUUGUGUGUUGCCUUAGCGUGUUUAACUGAGUUUUUAUCUUCCUUUACAAUAUUGUUAACUUUGCCAUGAUUCACUCUCAUGCCAGGUUUUGCCCUUGCAAACCAAAGAGUCAUGGAGGACAUAAAGUUUGAUCGUGCUGUGUGAUUGGCUACUGCAUAUUUUCUCUCUCUCUCUCUCUCUCUCUCUUUCUCCAUUGGUCUCUCACUCUUUCUGUGUCUCUCUCAAUCUCUGUCUUCUCUCUUACACUCGUCUGGCAGUUAACAUUGACUGCAGCCACGAUAGACAAUAAACCUGGACUUUUUUUCUUAA